GAUGAUCGAGACGCGGAUGAUGACGAAAUACCGGGUGCUCGCAGCCUGAUAUUUAAUCUGGCUAAUGAAUCGGAUGAUGAUGAUGGAGACGCCCUCAUGCCCACAGCCGACACAGAUAGCCCAAUGCCGUCGAAGGAAAAGGACUCGAGCGCAACUGCGAGGAAAUCACUCAGUAAGAAGCCGUCUACAAAGCUCCCACAAAAUACAAAUUCGGCCCCAAAAUCUGAACGGAGUCCCAAUUCAGCGCAAACGGGACAGGGCGCGUCCUCAAUACCAGCCAAUGGGACCGCCAGCACGGGCACAGCGGAUGUCAUGGUCAUUGACUUCUACUUAGACGGCAACUACAUACCGCGUGAUCUGCCCAUUUUCUAUGCCAUACAAAGAUUCGCACCCUCGUUUGAACGGGACUUUACGCAUAGCCAUGCGAAGGCAGACGCUGUGGUUGACAAUACAACCGGCGACUGCGAAAGCAAUCGGCACAUCCCCGGCAGUUAUCUGUGGAAUCGCAAUUAUGAACUGACGUAUCGCGUGCGAAUGGCCACGGCCGACGAAGCACCGCCUGCGCUGUCACUGUCUCUGUCAGACUCAAAUGCCCACCGAAAUGGCCAGAAGUUGGACGCUACGUCGGUCCUCGCACCACCGCCCACAAGCGCGGUCAAGCUGCAGUACGUAAACGAAUUCGCGGACCCCCGCGAGCUGUGUAAAGGACUGAAAAUGUACCGCGACAGGGGAGAAAACGUAUCCGUAGAGGAGUCGGCAAUCAGAGAGGUGUUGGUCUACGCCAUAUUCCACCUGAUGGCUGUCGUGUGGCGACACACACAGGGAACGGGCGGCAGUGUGUUGCUGUCUCCUGGUGAAUUCGUUAACCCGAAGAUCUCCGCAAAGGUUACGCAGCAGUUGGCUGAUCCUCUGUCGUUGGCGUCACGGUGUCUGCCGCAGUGGGUGGGUGCGCUAAUGCACAAGUUUGGUUUCCUGUUCUCGUACGAGUGCCGACGACAGUACAUGAUGGCCAUGUACAUAGGCAUCCCUCGAUCCACUCAGAAGAUGAUAAGUGCAAGCGGGCGUACUGGUAGUGCCCUUCACAGAUUAACGGCCGACAGGUUUACGCACACAGCGCGCAUCAAGGCACGCGUAAGACGACAGCACUUGCUACAGUCUGUAUUCAAGAUGUUGACCAAAUUAGGUGAUUAUCGGUCGAUUAUUGAUAUUGAGUUUGUCGAUGAGGUGGGGACGGGCCUGGGGCCCACUUUGGAGUUCUACUGUUUGGCAUCGAAAGAGUUCCAACGCCGUGAUCUCAAGAUAUGGAGAGACGCCGAUGCAAGUGCGGCCAGUGAAGAAACGAAGGAGUGUGUCAAGUCCAUGUGUGGGUUAUUCCCAAGACCUGAACCUGUAGUCAUUGCCAAUGAGAAAUCGCCAAAGGAUUUACCUACCUCCACGGACAAGGCAAAGUCUCAGCAACCAACAGCUACGGAUGCUACAGCCGAGCGUUGGCAGUAUUCGACGUCUCUGUUCCAUGCGAUGGGCAUGUUGCUCGCACGUGCACUGUAUGACAAUCGCCUGCUUGACAUCCCGUUGAACCCUGUGGUCUUCGCCUGGUUAAAGCUCCCUUCAGUUGACAGUAAUUCCGAUUAUUCUGAAUCAAAUGACAACGCCAAAGUUACGGCCGCCGACGUACGUGUGAGCACAGAUAGUGUGAGCAGUAUAAGCACACUCGCCAACUUGGCGUUGGUGGACGCCCAACUGGCUCAAAGUAUGCAGAAGAUGCAAGCAGCUGCACUCAACAAGAAGAGUACCGGCGGGUAUGUCUAA